AUGGCACCAAAUCUGGUCACCUUACUAGGAUUGGUAUUCAACAUUGUUGGAUUGAUGGUUGUUUUCUAUUAUGACCCUAAUUUCGAUCAAGUUUCACCGGCUUGGACUUAUUGCUUUUAUGGUUUCUGUAUUUUCAUGUACCAGACGUUCGAUGCAUGCGAUGGUAUUCACGCAAGGAAGACUGGUCAGUCCGGUCCUCUAGGUGAACUUUUUGACCAUUGCUGCGAUGCCGUCAACACCACUUUGUCUGUACUUAUGUUUGCCAGCGUGUGCGGCUUUGGUAAGGGAUGGCUCUUGUUUGUUUCUCAGUUCGCUUCCUUAACUAAUUUCUACUUGUCGACGUGGGAGACAUACUAUACCCAUACUCUAUAUCUCAGUGCAUUCAGUGGUCCCGUCGAAGGUAUUGUUAUGAUCAUCUUUAUGUGCUUUUUGACUGGCUAUAUUGGCCAAGAGAAUCUAUGGAAAUUUCCGCUUUUGACGGUAGAUCUAUCUGAUUACAGAUUCGGGCCCGAUUCCUACACCAUCAGUUUCUUGAACUGCUGUAUUUUUAUUGGUGGUGUUAUAGCUUUUUUCAACAUUUACUCUGCUAGAAGAAAUGUCAUCAACAAAUUGAAGGAUCCAGAGAUGAGAAAGGAUGCUGACAACGGCCUUGUUCCUUUCUUUUUCUACUAUGCUACCGUGUUAGUCAUGAUUUCACUUCAUUCGCAAAUUCUCCACGAGUACACUACCCAAUUGGUAAUUUCAAUUGGCGCAACUAUGGCUUUUACCGUGGGUAGAAUCAUUUUGAAUCAUUUAACUAUGCAAGAGUUCCCCCGUAGAAACUUGCCUAUGGCCAUUCCGGUAGUUCAAUUGAUACUCGUUGAGAUCCUCACCAGAUUCUACUCGUUCGCCUACGAUGAAGUGAUUGCAUUGGUUGUAUACGUCGGAUUGGGCAUUACUCUAGCCGUUUAUGCUACCUUCGUCUUCGAAAUCAUAUACGACAUUACAACUUACCUUGAUAUCUGGGCUCUUUCUAUAAAGCACCCCAUAGUGUCUAAGAAGGUUGAGUGA